UCUGGAACGGCACCCCAUACACAAAGCAACACCACUCUCUGGGGUACUACUAUCGCCCACCGAGGUUCCAAUUCGUUCACCAUGUCCAUGGCUGCGGGAUCCAAGAUACAUUUCGAAGCAGGGAGCUGGUUGGAAGCCGUCUACGAUGUCUACAUUGGCACGGUUGUUGGCGCCGCACACUCGUGUUACAUUGUCGGCAAAUGGUGGUACGUGCACGUCCUCGUGCCGCUCGCCACAGCCUUUGGCGUCCAACUCGCUGCCGACAAAGAAGUCGUCUCUAAAGACGGAGAAAAGACGCUGAAAGUCGUCGCUGUAGGAUACGGAAGGACUGGAACGUAUUCCUUGACCCUGGCCUUGGAAGAGCUGGGAUACCCAACCUUGCACACUCAACACUUGUACGAACACGAGGCUCUUCUUUCCAUGUGGGUGGAACGCAUCUUUUUGCCUUCGAUCCAGCAGGGCAAAGCCAUCAUGGGCAAACCGGACCUGCAAAUGAUUACCGACUUUGGCUACCAGGCGACGGCCGAUUUGCCCAUGGCGCUUUAUUUUGACCAAGUUAUGGAAGAGUUCCCGGAUUGCAAAUUCAUUUUGACGACCCGCGAAAAUUCGGAAGUUUGGUUCCGGUCCUGGGAGACGCUCACCAAGAGCAUAUCGCAACCGACACAUUUCGGAGGAUUCUUCUUUUCGUCGGUCCGCAAAUAUUGGCACUACCUGCGAUGGCUGUACGCGGUAGUAAAUAAGGACGAUUCGUUCUUAACACGACCGUUCCCGCUGCCGGAACAGAACAAACUCACCGCCAUUGCCAGUUACGAAGAGCACAAUAGGAGAAUUCGGCAGGUCGUACCGCCGGAACGAUUGUUGGAGUACAACGUGAAACAGGGGUGGGAGCCUCUAUGCGAGUUUAUGGAGAUUACCGAUUGUCCACAGACUCCUUUUCCAAAAACCAACUCGGCCCGAUCGGUCCAAGUCCAAGCCGUGUCGGCCUUUUUGUUUCCCUUAAUGGUUGCCUUGUUCUGCAUCUUUUUCGCCUUUGCCAAGACCUUUCAGCGCCUGACGGGUAUGACGGUUAUGCAGUGGGCGCAGUACAAGUCCCGAGAACUCAUGGUGGCGUUGCGGCGAGUGUUAUUGGGCGACAAGUCCACGCCGUUGUGGGAUACCAGUCCGCGGGCGUCCCCGCGCAAAACAGCCUAAUGCGACGGGCGUUUGUUUCAUCGGGCUUUUUUGGAGUUUAUCCAUUUUCCUCUGGUAUUUGUGAACGUGUUUUCUGUGUGUAUGUGUCUGGCUCUGCCUCUACCGAAUUGCCCUAGAGAGAGUAGUAAACGAUAGAGCAAAAAAGGAUAUUGUUUCCGCUA